GAUCCGAUUCGUAAUGCAAAAGUAGAUGCGACAUCGACUGUCUACGCUGUUGUGCAAAUCGGCUUACGUGGUGGCAUAUUUCAGUAUACAAAUGCGCUAAAAGUGCUCGGCAAGCCAUCCCAGGUGUUAACAUUCGACGAAGCAUUCUUCUGCUAUCGAGGCUCAACGUUGAUCGAGCAGGAUAAAUGCAGUAAGGAUGAUUUCCCGACUAGUUCUCGAGCUACUCCGCCGCCACCACCUGCACCUGUGCUUGCUCCUGUCCCCGUAUCCAUUCCAGCCUCAUCGAUGAAUCUGCGCCACUCCACCGAUACUACUUCUGCAUCCGCAGAUGCCAAAGCCGCGAGUCGACGCCUUUUAUGA